AUGACGCUUAGUCACAGCAGCGAUUCCUCGAGAUCAAGCAUCAGCUCCAGGGGUCAUGGUUUUCACGGCAUCCCAUCGAAGUGCUGCUUCUGUGGUAGUCUAACUGUGAUCAUGACCUCUCAUACAACCAUCAAUCCUGGAAGGCGGUUCUACACAUGCUCGAACAGCUUGGAAGGAGUCCACGUUUGGAAAUGGUGGGAUGAAGCGAUCAGUGAGGAGGUGAUAGACUUGAAGGAAGACUUGAAGUCUCUCGAGGCAAGGCUACGUUAUGGCCAUGGUGUAUCCGACUGUGUUCAUAUAGGAGAAGAUGAACUGAAGAUGUUGAAGGACUUGAGUGUUCGUAAGAGUAAGGAAGCAAAGGAGGUGAAGAUAGUUGUGGCAUUGGUUGUUGUCAUCAUAUCCGUUGGGGUUUUAGUUAGUCUGGUGAAGUAA